AUGUAAUUUAAUGAAGACACUAAGAAAUUCAUGACUCCAGAAAUGAUGAAAUAAAUGUCUUAAAUGUGUGCAAAUAUGAGUGAUGAUUAAUUAAGAUAAUAUGCUUAAAUGGCUGGAAUGGGUAAUAUAGAUCCUUCAUUUAUGAGAUAAUAAAUGAGUCAAGUUAAAAAUAUGAGAGAUGAAGAUCUAUAAAGAUAAGUUAAUUAAGUAUUAUAUUUAUAUUUAUAUAUUAGACUCGUCCAGAGGAUAUAGAAAGAGCAAAGUAAAGAAUUUAGGGUUAAUAAUAGUAAUCAUAAUAAUAGUAAUAAAAACCUUAGAGUGACUAAUUUCCAAUAAUUAACAAAUUAAAAAAUUAAGGGAAUGAUGCAUUUAAAUCAUAAGAUUAUGAAAAAGCUGCAUCUAAAUAUUAUGAAGCAAUAUCUGAAAUUGAAGAAAUGUGGGAAAAUAAUAUGUAUAUAAAUAAUGACACAAUUAAAAAAUAAGAAUUGAAAUAAUUAGAACAUUCUUGUAGAUUAAAUUAUUGUAAUGUAAAAGCAAAAUAAUUAUAAUUUGAUGUUGUAUUACGUUAAGCUAAGAAAGUUUUAGUAGAUGAUAAUUAGAAUGGAAAAGCUAAUUUUAGAAUGGGUUAAGCACUCUUUGAAACUAAAAAUUAUUAAGAAGCUCUAGGAUAUUUAGAGAUUGCAUCUAAUAAAUUACCUAAUGAUGAAACAGUUUAAAUUAUGUAUAAAUAAGUUAAAGAAUAAAUAAAUAAUUUAAAUGUAAAUCCUACAAAUACUUAAUCAUAAAAAGUUGAAUAGGAAUAAAAAGGAAAUCUAAAUGAAUAAACUCAAUAAUAAUAAUUAAAAAAACCAAAAAUAAAAUUAUCUUCUGUUGAUACCAAUUCUGAGGAAUUCUAAAAUUUAAAGUAGUAGGUACAAUCAUCUAAAGAGGAUGGCUUUAUUAUUGAAGAAGAGAUUUCAACUAAUCAAACCAAUAAACCUAUUACUACUAAAUAAACAGAAACUUAAAAUGUUAAUAAAAUAUCAGAAAAUCCUCAAUUUUAAUAAUAAUUUGAUUAAUUUAAAAAUAUGGUAAGAUUCAUUACUAUAAUAGUCACCUGAAUAAUUAAAUUAUAUGACUAAUACUUUAAAAUCAAUGGAUAAAGGAUUUUUAAAAUAAAUGAUGAAAUAAUAAAGUGGAGUAGAAAUGUCAGAUUAAUAAAUAGAAAUGAUGUAAACUAUGAUGACACCUGAAAUGUUAGCAUAAAUGAAAAAUAUAGAUCCAGCCGUAUUAUAAUAAUAAAAAUUAUAAUAAUAACCUAUUUAAUCAACUUAAUAAUAAUAAUAAUAAUAAUAAUAAUCUAAUAAUAAUCAAAAUGAUACUUAAUUACCUACUACAUCUUAAUAAAUGCCAUCAAAUUUAUAAGGAUUAGCAUAGAAUCCAUAAAUGUUUGAAAUGAUUAUAGAUCAAUUAAAGGCUAAUCCUUAAAUGUUAAAAAUGAUGGCUCCUGCAUUUGGUGGUAAUAAUGCAAUUACAUAAUAUAUUAAUUCUGCAAGGUGAGUUAUAUAUUUCAAUUAUAAUAGUCCAGAGUAAUUGUCUAAAGUUGUUGGUAGAUUGGCCAUAUUCUUAAAGUUUUUAUUAAUGUUGUAUAGAGCAUGGUUAAUGGUAAAAAAUUAAUGGAAAUUUAUAUUGGGAUUCCUUUUGGCAUACUUAUAUUUUAAAUUAUUUUGA